AUGGUUGAAAAACAUCAAAAAAAAUUAAGAAUAUUAUGCUUACAUGGUUAUCGUCAAAAUGAAGUAACUUUUAGAGAAAAAACAGGUGGAUUGAGAAAGGCUAUAAAAAGUUUAGCAGAAUUUGAGUUUAUAACAGGACCUUUAAUUCCAAAUAUUCCUAGUGAUAAAGAUAGUCAAUCUACUGAUAAUGAUGAAAGUACUGUUACAGAACUAGGACCAAGAGCUUGGUGGUUUUCUAAAGUGGAAGAAACAUUUUCAUCAAGGGAUGUUUGUGAUGUUGCAAUAGGAUUUGACAAAUCUGUUAAAGAAGUAACCGAUUAUAUAAAAGAGAAAGGGCCUUUCGAUGGUUUAUUAGGUUUCAGUCAGGGUGCCUCAAUGGUACAUUUAUUAACAUCUAUGGGAUAUCAAAAAAAAAUCCCUUUAAAUUGGAAAUUUAUUAUUAUGAUGAGUUCAUUUAAAAGUUUAUCAUCUGUUCAUCAAAAUUUAGUUGAAUGUGAGUUAAAAGGUAUUCCCAGUUUACAGAUAUACGGUGAAACUGAUCAAGUUGUACAUUAUGAAAGAAGUGAAGAGUUGUGUAAAUUAUUCAAGGAACCUGAACCUUGUAUUAUAAAACAUCCUGGUGGUCAUUGUGUUCCACCAAUGUCAUCGGCAAAAGAUUCACUAAGAGAAUUUUUAAAACAAUUUAUUUAG